AACCAUCUGCGGAGCCAGCGGUGUCAACAAAAACAUUCAAAGCAUAAUCACAAACAACUUGUUCGGCUUAUUUUCACUGUUCAGAGAGCUGAUCGUCAAAAAUAUCGCACUAUCGGCACCGAAAUAACUGCCUGAGGAUGGAUUGCGUUGAAAAUGACACGAGUAAAUCAUCCAUAUGUCGAAUUUGUAUGGAAAAUCAUCCCGAAAUGGUGUCGAUAUUUUCCAAACUUGAUGAUGCCUUCAUAGCACACACCAUCAUUGAGUGCACAGCAGUGCAGAUCGCUGAAGACGACGGUCUGCCGGAGAUAAUCUGCAAGAGUUGCGUAGGAGAACUGUCCGGCUAUAAAAUAUUCAUCGAGAGGGCUAAGGAAUCUGACCGAAAGCUGAGAGAGACUUUGAAAACACAGAUCAAACUGGAGCGCGAUGAUUUGGAAGAGUUUGAAAAUACAGACCAUGCCGAAACGAUUGCACCGCAUCACGAACUCAUAUCGGUUGACUUGAAAGUCGAAUCCCAAACGGAAAGCGGUGAAUAUAUUCGCAAUCAAAGCGAGGAAGAGGAAGGCAUUGAUUUUGAGAGCUGCGAUUAUAUCAGAAAUAGUAUCUCUGACGAAAAUUUUGAGACAUGCACCGCAGAUAGUGCUGUAAGAAAAAAGAGAGCACGAAUGAAACAUGACGGAGAAGAAGACAAAGAAGGAGACUGUAAUCAGUUAGAUGAACUUGAUAACAUAGAACAGGAAACUUACAAAAUCGUCGAUGUUUAUAAGCAAUUAGUUUGUUGCUCUUGUUUCAAGUUAUUCGGAUCUCUUGAGGAAUUAAAAGAACACGGUAAAAACGUUCACGAGUCUACUAGAAGACCUAAUAUGAGCAAAAAACAUAUCUGCGAGUUCUGUUUCCGACGCUAUGCCUCUGCGACGGCCCUAAGAAUGCAUCACAAAAAAGUAAAUAGGAUUAAACGUGUAUUCCAAUGCGUCAAAUGUGAAACUUGCUUCACGGAUCCAUCUAAGCGACGAUAUCAUGCUCAUAAUCAUCCCAUCGCAUCGACUAGAUCGUCCGUUAUCAUGGCUACAGUUCCUGCCCAAGUGCAAGAGAAAAUGGGAAUUAUUUGUUGCGCUCAAAACUGCCACAAAGCGUUUGAUACAGAGCAACAACUUAUGGAGCACAGUGCAGACGCUCACAAAGCUAACAAAGUUCAUUCGAUUCUGAACUCCUCGGAGCAACGGCCUGUGGAGUGUCCAAUCUGCUACAAACGUUUUAUGGAUGAAGCCGGUCUCAGAGUGCAUCAACAAAGGGUUUACAUACCCAAGAAACAUGUUUGUUCAAUCUGUGGAUUGAAAUUUUACAACACUAGUGAAUGUGAUCGACAUGAAAGAGAGCAUCGCAACGAAAAGAUUUUCAAGUGCGAGUUGUGUCCGAAGGCUUACUUCGGUAUGGAUCAAUUGAAGCUACAUCUCAGGCGACAUAGCGCUACAAGGGAAUUCAUGUGCAAUAUAUGCGGACAGUCGUACACCCAGAGGCACAAUUUGCAGGCUCACAUGCUGAUGCACGAAGGGAGACUGCCGUUUGAGUGUGAAGUCUGCAAAAAAGCGUUCCGAGUGAAGGCUAAAAUGAUCUAUCAUAUGAGAGUGCACUCCGGCGAGAGGCCAUAUCCGUGCCGGUACUGUGAUAUGGCCUUCGCGGACAGUACGAAUCGUACGAGGCAUGAGAUGUCUCAUACAGGGAUCAAACCGUACAAAUGUGAAUAUUGUGAAAAAACAUUCAUAACUAAGCGAUUGAAGAAAGAACACGAGAAUACUCAUUCUGGUGAGAAAUCGUACAAAUGUAAGGUAUGUUCCCAGGUGUUCGACAAUUCCAGCACACUGAAGAUACAUUUGAAGCAACAUAUGGAGGAUACACAUGAAGAAGUUUAAUUCAGGUUUUGUGGGACAGUAUGUACGAAUUACGAGGUUUGUUCCAAAAGUUGCACCAAAUGCAAAAAAAAAUUGAAAGUUCUGAAAUUGAACUUUUGAAAAAACGUCACAAAACAUCGAAUAUACGCAACCCGCGGAAAUUCAAAAGUCGCGAUACUUUUUGAACAGACAGACGUAUACGAAUUAUAUCACCUAUUCCUAAAAUAUACAAUUUUUCAUUUGUUA